AUGGCCGUGGAGAAGCGCUGGCGAAGAUGGCUCAUGUUCCUAUGUAGCCUCCUCCUCCUUUUAGAACCUUGGUCCUGGAGAACGGACUCCAAGGCACCGGACCAGAGCAGGGUCGCCUUUGCCUUCAGAGGCCAAGCUCAAACUCAGGAGCCAAAGAAGGACGAGGUUGAUGAGGUUGACGAGGACAUAGGCCAUUAUGCCUAUUCCUUGAAUAAGGAUGGGCCAUUGGGUUGGCUUCAUUACGAUGUCAUUCUGGCGUCACGAACUUCUUAUCCGUUGGCCCUAAUGAUCGGCUUCACGUGCUAUGGCAACGUGAUCUUGCGCAAAGAGAGUGGGGACAAGCCAUACCCAUCAUGGAUUUUCGGUUGGCUUCUUGGCAUGGUGUGCUACACCUAUCCAGGCGCCAUCUUCUCCGACCUGAUGUUUGUCCGAGACGCUCCGCAGCGAGCCCUCUCCAACAACAACAUCCUCUGGUGCUUUAGCUUCUGGUUCCUGGUCGUGCAGAACUCCGACGCCGCAUACAAGUUUUUGCAGGGGAAGCACGUUUUCGUGUGGCUCACCACGUGGUGGCUGGCAGAUGCCACCCGAGCCUCGCUACUCUUUCUGGAGCGUGCGGUGGAAGAGCAGCCAGUGUUUGCACGAGGAGUGUGGCAGGCCUUUGUGUGGUGUGGUGCCGGUCCGGUUGCACGCUUGAUUGAGAAGAGCAUCAGAGGGGAGCCUGUGCCAACUCUAGACAAGGUGCAGCCGAAUAGCCUGAACUUCUUGAAGUUUCCGUUGGUCGCCAUGUUUUGGAACAUGAUCUUCUACUUGUGCUGCUUAGCCUUUUUGACUGACUGUGGCUUCUUGAGCUCUGAGCCUAAGUUGAGCAUGGUCCAAUGUGGGGCUGCUCACGAGGACUUCUAUGGAUUCUGCACCUACAUGCCUUGCAUCCUUCAUCUUUGCCGGGCAUAUUGGGCAACUUGGCAGCAUGCCCACCGCCACAAUUUGGUGCCUGGGCCAUGGGCACUCGUGUUCAAAACUUUGUCCCUGCAACAUCCGGCAACUGGCUCUCCAGCAGCACCAAGGCGAUGUACGCAUACGAUGGUGUUGUGA